AAUGGAUGUUUCUCAUUGGUUCAUAUGUGCGGCUAAUCCAAAUUUCAGCCAAUCGCAGCGUUUAGACGCCAAAGUAGCCGUGAGUCUUUAGCGGAAUAAGUAGCGUGGGUUAUAGUUGCAGUAGAUAGCAGUGUACGGUACAAGGCUGAAUUAAUUGUUGACUGCUGCUUGAAUAAUCAUGGGUCGUAAAGAUUCGAACAAACCACGUGGGCGUAUGUCCUCAUACGCAUUCUUCGUGCAGACAUGCCGUGAAGAGCACAAGAAGAAGCACCCUGGCGAGUCUGUAGUAUUCACUGAGUUCACAAAGAAGUGUGCUGAGAAAUGGAAGAAAAUGGAACCUAGUGAUAAGAAAAGGUUUGAGUCGAUGGCUGAUAAAGAUAAGGUUCGCUAUGAGCAUGAAAUGAAGAGCUAUCAACCCCCAAAGGGAGAGAAGGCAAAGAAGAAGAGGAAGUCCAAGGACCCUAAUGCCCCCAAGAGAGCACUGUCUGCUUUCUUUUUCUUCUGUGGAGAAGAAAGAUCAAAGGUUAAGGAAGACCAACCCGGCCUGUCUGUGUCCGAAGUGGCCAAAGCAUUAGGGAAGCGGUGGGAGGUCUGCAAAGAUAAACCCAAAUAUGAGAAAAUGGCGAAGAAGGACAAGGAACGAUAUGAAGUUGAAAUCACUGCCUACAGGAGUAAAGAUAAGCCUGGCGCGUCCCCAGCGAAGAAGCCCAAGCCUGCUGUGGAGGAGGUAGAGGAGGAAGAAGAAGAGGAGGAGGAGGAAGAAGAAGAGGAGGAAGAGGAUGAUGAUGAGGACGAGGACUGAGAACUCAAUGUUGGACAUUAUUCAUCAUGUCAUGAUCAUCUCAUUGACCAAUCGGUGACCUUUUUAUCCAUCAUCGUCUACCGUUUUACCAGCCCCAUUUUUGCCAUGAACGUUUUGCUGCUGGAAUCGGAUGCCCUUAAGGAGGAGCUCACAUGUAUACAUUUUCGAAGAAAAUGGAGAAAUAUAGGUCUUAGACACCCACCUUGUCUUUUACUGAUGACGAAAAUUUUAUGAUUUAAUGAAUGGUUGGUGUUUAAAAUCAAAAGAAUUUUAUAGCUGUGUGCUGCAACACAAUUUUGUGCAUUUUAAGUUGUGUAAUUUGAGUAAUUACAUAGUUAAUAUGUAUAUGUAGAUAGCAUUUGAGUAUGUUUUGUAAAUUUGCUUCAAAAAGCAAGGUUCCUGGUGUUUAAAAUGUACUCACACUCGGUGGCAUGUGAAAAUAUGUGCUAUAACAGAAAGAGGAGUGCUAACUAAUUGGUCGUGAUUACUACAUUUUAAAAGUUGUUUUCAAACAACAGUUUUAUUACUUGCUCAUGUUGGUGAUAUUUAUGUUAAUAUGAUGGAGUUAUGAAAGUUUCAAGACAUGUAGUUGGAAUGCAUUCAAUAAUGCUGCAAUCUGUCACUCAUUUACCAAAUACUAUACCUGCAUCAAACAUAAGACAACUUCCUCUGCAUUUCUCAUUCGGUGAACCUAACCAUAGGUUGGAAUCAUGCAGACACUAUGCUCAUCUUACCGAUUUGAGUCAAUGAUUAAAUCAUCGUUUCUGUGUCAUUGUUAUCAUUUUAAAUUAAUAUAAAGUUGCCAUCCUGUUACAGUUUCCAUAUUUGGGAACAUGUCUAGAUGUUCAGUGUCUACUUGCCUACUGUGUUACUCAACAGUGCUACUUUACGGUGUUCUCGUAGGAUGUGUUCCCUGCAGCUUGUCACAAUAGGUCUGUACAAAUGUGUCAGAGUAGCACUUGCAUCUUUUGUAACCGUAGGAAUAAAAAUAAUAAACAUUUUGAGCAAAA